AUGAAAGAUGAUCGAGAAAGUCUGGCGAGCUCUGCCGGAGGAAAGAGUUUACGUGCAACGCAAUCCGCGCCUCCUGAGGACACCAGCGAUGGAAACAAAGAGAUAUGGGGAGCCCGCCACACGUUCGCGUUCAUGGGCUUCCUGGGGUUCGCUGUGAUCUACGCCAUGCGCGUGAACCUUUCCGUCGCCAUCGUCGCGAUGGUCGCCAAGAACGUGACCACGAACACCAACUUCACAGACGAUGACCUCGCCUGCCCCUUGCCCGACGACUACGGACAGGACGAUGGCUACAGCCAGCCAGGCGAGUUUGAUUGGGACGAGAAGACCCAGGGUCUGAUCCUGGGUUCGUUCUACUACGGCUACGCGUGCACCAACCUGCUGUCGGGCAUCGCUGCUGAGCGCUUCGGGGGCAGGCUGGUGGGAGGUGUGGGCAUCUUGCUGACGUCGGUGCUGACUUUGCUCACGCCUUGGGCGGCCAGAACUUCUGAUGGUCUUUUCAUCGCUCUCAGAAUACUGGAGGGGAUGACUGAGGCAACGAGCUUUCCUUCAGCCAACUCUCUGAUCGCAGCAUGGGUGCUGCCAGAAGAGAGAUCAAAAUAUUCAGCCUUCAUAUACGCAGCAGCCAGCGGAUUCAUGUGCAACUCAUCGUUCCUGGGCGGCUGGCCUUCGGUGUUCUACGUGUUCGGCAGUCUGGGCGUCGUCUGGUCCGUGUUUUGGUUCCCUCUGGUCUACGACAACCCAGCGCAACAUCCCAGGAUAUCCAAACACGAGCUGGAAUACCUCAAGCCUAUUGCACAACUCAAAACUUCCACUUCAGCAAAAAAAACUCCAUGGAAAUCCAUAUGGACGAGCAAACCUGUGUGGUCGAUUAUUGUGAUUCACUUCGGAUUCAAUUGGGUCUUCUACACCUUACUCACCGAGCUGCCUACCUACCUGGACAGGAUCCAACACUUCAGCCUCAGCAGCAACGGCCUGCUCUCCGCUUUGCCGUACGCCAUCAUGUACGUUUACAGUUUGUUCCACAGUCUCCUCAUGGAUCACCUCACAAAAAACAAAACGAUUCGUAUCUUAAACGUUCGCAGACUCGCAAUGGCAGUUGCGUGCUUCGUACCGAUGCUGGCGCUGAUCGGCAUGUGCUUUGUGGGUUGCAACCGCACCCUUGCCAUCGUCAUCCUGUGCAUCGCAGUGGGCGCGUGCGGCGCUUGUUACUCGGGGCACUUAUGUUCACACGUGGACCUGGCACCUUGCUACGCCGGUACCCUCAUGGGACUGACUAACACUUUCGGUACCAUCCCAGGCUUCGCUUCCCCAGCUGUGACUGGAGCCAUUACCAAUGACAACCAAACGUUGGCAGCCUGGCAGACGGUGUUCCUGAUUUCGGCCGCAAUUACAGGAGCUACGGCACUGAUUUAUAUCCUGACCAUCAGCGCUGACAUCCAGCCAUGGAACUACGCAGAAGAACCAGGCUUGGAGGAUCGCAGAAAAUCUUCGGUGAUAUUUACUGAAAAACUGGAGCAGUUGGAUGCAUCCUUGGCAGAAACGAAACCCCGUCUACCGUCAUCGACUGCAACAAAGUUUUGAUUUCGUUUCGAUUUAAAACGAAACAAACUUAUCUUCCAGCUGUCGCUAAUAGUUCAUGCGACGAUUCUAGAACUCACAGACACUUAAAAUAAGCUAAAAAGUGGCUUCAAACUUUAAACUAACCCUUUAUGUUUCGUAAAAAUCUACACGAUGAAUGUUCAUGCGAUUCACUAAUGCAUAUAAGAUUAUUUUUAAGUUCUUUUCUUUUUUUCUUUCUUUUUUUUUUCUCUGUACUACUAUGUUCGUUUGAACUGCUUCAGUAUACGACACCUCCAACAAAGCAAGCAAGCAAGCUUCAGUAUACGUUUGGCAUGCCUUAAAAGCGCACAUACGACAAUAUGUGUGAUUAUUAAACAAUUGCCUCAAAUCUUAAGAUGUGUACAAAUUUUAAUAUGCGUUUUGUACUGAGAGGAAAAAAAAUUGAACGACAACCAACGAAUGUAAUUUAUUCGUUAAAUGAAGAUCCCUUAGGUUGCAUCCCGUGAGUCGAGGAAAGCUCUGUGGAGUUACGCAGUCGCGCCUCCGAAGCUUCAGAUCGCUCGACCGUUAUCAACCGAAAAUCGAAGUCCAAAUUGCGCAAAUAAAAUGAACGCUCAUCCUUGUGCAUAAAUAAUUAUUUUAAUCAAAGAUGAUUUGCAGGCCAUGCUAUAAUGAUCGUUUUAAAAAGGAUUAUAUAGAUAUCGACAGACGGUGAGGAUAGGUACUGCUGAAGACGAGCAGACAUUGAACAGUAUAGAAUCAAAUAUACAGAACAGA